AUGCGGAUUCUCACCUGGAAUGUAAAUGGAUUACGAUCAUUGGUCAAAUAUUCUCCUUGGUGCGAACAUAAGGACUACAAGGCUAUUUUGGAUGCAUUAGACGCGGAGAUAAUCUGUCUUCAAGAAACAAAACUUACGCCAGAUAGGCUAGACCCAUCAAUUGCUUUAGUAGAUGGCUACGAUGCAUAUUUCUCAAUGACACAAAAUAAAACAGGGUACUCUGGCGUUGCCACCUAUAUCAAAACGAGUAGUAUAGUAGGACCAUUUGAAGCUGAAGAAGGAAUCACUGGAGUUCUUUCCCAGAAUCGAACAGCAACGGCGCGAAAUAAUGAACAGAGAGAGAUAAUAGGAGGACACUUUUCAACAGAAUUUUCGAAUAGUGAAUUGUUGGAGCUUGACGCAGAAGGAAGAUGCAUCAUCCUCGAUUUCGGAUUGUUUAUUCUGUUUAAUGUAUAUUGUCCGCAUGAGUCUAACACUGAACGAUUACCUUUCAAACUGAAGUUCCAUAAAGUGUUGCAAUCACGCGUUGAAUCACUACUUAAAAGUGGAAAAAAUGUUAUUGUGAUUGGUGAUAUUAAUGUUACCCAUUUGGAAAUUGAUCAUUGUGAUCCGCAGAAAGCUGUGAGAGAGCAGAAGUUGAAGUCGUUUACUGAUCACCCGGCACGAAGGUGGUUUGAUGGUUUUUUGGCGCCGAAAGGUUGGAAUACUGUAAUUGAUGCGAGACCUGUAAAUUAUGGCACCCGCCUAGAUUACAUACUAUCAAGCCAAGAAUUAUUACCCUGGGUCAAACUAUGUGACAUUCAACCACACAUAAUGGGAUCCGAUCAUUGUCCGGUGAUAAUUGAAUUAUUUGACGAGAUUAAAGAUGGUGAACUGACAAUUAAACUAUUGGAUGAAAUGGAAAGAUUAAAAACUAAUAAAGGAACUGGAAAACCUAGUCUUUGUGCAAGAUUUCUGCCUCAGUUCUCGGGAAAAUUUUCACUUCAAAAUUAUUUUCAGAGAGCAAGUGACUUGAAUAGCAAAUUGGAGAAUCCCGGUGACUUGAAUAUUAGUUUAAAUUCUGUAAGAAGUGAAAAGGCAAUUUCGUCGUCACCAUCAUUAUCAGCACCACGUAAGUUCGUCGCUAGUAAAAGUGGGUCAUCAAAAAAGUCCAAGACUGGUAAUAGUAGCAAAAGUAGUGUGACAAAAUCUAAAAAACCAGAUAAUACGUCAUCAUCAGGACAACGUACUUUAGUUUCCUUUUUCAAGAGUGCUUCAUCUUCGUCAGAAGAUUCUGUUCUGUCUGCCGAGACAGAUCGAAAAAUCGACGCAGAUCUAGAUACAGAAAUUCAAAAUUUCACAGAACUCUACGAUGCAACAGUUGUCGAUGCUGAGACAUCUGAAAAACAAGAAAAUACAACAUCGACUGGAAGGGAGGAAUCAUCUAAUUCAAGAGCAUCUACACAAAAUUCACAAGUGCAGUCUCAAUGGAUGGCGUUGUUCACUCCGCCUCCUAUACCAAACUGCAUGGCUCAUGGAGAAAAGUGUAAAGAAUAUCGAGUGAAUAAGUCUGGACCGAAUCAUGGUCGAAAGUUUUAUAUGUGCUCGCGACCAGUAGGUCCUUCACCAGAUGACCGUUGUGACUUUUUCGAAUGGGCAAAACCAGUCAAGUCAUCAUCAAAGAGAAAUAACGAAGAAAUAAACAACGCCAAUAAGUCAAAGGAAUCACCGAAAAAAAGAAAAAUAAAAUAA